CGGAGCACAUGUUAAACCGCUACGCUCAUCAAAACAAGUGGUGGUUUGAAAUUCUCGACGAACGCAGUAAAUUCCUGAUGUCGAGCUCAGAAAAGCACAUUUUAUGCACUGCGAGGAUGUUGAUUCAGAAUGGGGGGGUUGUUGGCAGUAAAUUUACAGCCAGUCGCAGAGCUGCCAUUAAGUGGGGGGGGCUCCAAUUCAUUAGGUGGAAUAAAAACAAGAUUUCUGAGCGGGGAGGGAACUCCAGAGGCCAAAGGGAAACAGACGGGCGCGGCGCGGAACCGCGCAGAACCGGAGAACCUCCCGGGGGUUCGGCUGGCUCAUAGAACUCCCAAGCGUCAUUCCCUCUUCCUCCUAGGGUUCUGCAUGAUCUAGUGCCGCUCCUUCAUGUCCCUUCUGCACUCUGUCCCCGAAGCAGUUCCUGGGUGUAGAACCUGGCAAGCACAGCCCAAAUAGAGCCCCUCACGCUCAGUGUCCCCUACUGUGACCAUCACCCAGUUCUGUGAGCAAAUUAGCAAUUUUCCCAGCAGGACCUGCUGGUCAGAUGGCGGAAUUCCAGGCCUGGGGGGAAUCCCCCUCACCGUGGGGGCCAGACCCCCGUGACCCGCAGGGAUCCUCGACCACCCAGACACCGCUCUCUGGACCCCCAGGGACCACACGGGACCCCCAGGGACCACACCACACACAGGAGUGUAUCCUGAGCGGGGGUCACGUGGGGUCACCGUUAAUGUGUGUCUGGGGGUAACUGUGAGACAUGGCUGAAAUUCUUCUAGUACCAAGUCCCACCACAGGGUUGGAGGUUAAGGCAUGACAGCAGAGACUGCAUGUCAUCGCAGAAGGUCCUCUAGACUGCUACACUGGCCACCGCUCACAAGUGCUGAGACGCACUUGACCUGUUUUCUUGGGUUAGCGAGCCUGUGGAUUACAGAUAACAUGACAGCAGAAGCUUCCAGAAGGAGGCAUUUACAGUAGGGUGACCAUAAGUCCUCUUUCGGGGGCUUGUUCUCAUAUUUGGGAGCUAAAAAUGUCCAGGAUUGCCCUUUGUUUCAUGCUGACAUUUGGUUUCUACAGUCAGAAUACUUCCAGUGUGCAUAUUUGCGUUGCCGUGAUGCCUCUCUUUGUGUCCUGCCCCCAGCGUCCUCUUAUUUGCAAAGCAAACUAUGCCCCCCUCCCUUAAAGGCCUGCGUUGGUGAUAGCAGCGCAGCACUCCCCGCACUCUCUUGCCAUGUGAUGUGAGUCUACCCUGGAUGUACCGGCCACAGUCCUGUCUGAGUGGGUCCACAGACUUUCUGCAAUCCUCAUAUGCCACAUGUGGUCUGCCGGCUUGGGGAUGGGCUCGUUUUGCCAUUGACCCUCUGAUGGGGUGGCGAGCGGCUGUGGGAGCGUUUGGGCAGCCCGAUCUCCAGGCCCAGAUCAUCCCCUACAGCCCGUAGAAAUGUAGCACCUUGUUUUUCCAGCUGAGCCGUCCGACGGAGCUGCCAGACCUCUGAGUGUUUUAUAAUGAAAUUUCUUCGCUCGUUGAUUACAUCCAUGCAUGUCACCCCCCCCCCCCCCAAAGGAUAGAACUGAUUUCUCUAGGGACAAAACUUCUCUUCCUCCCAGAAACUGUAUAUUCCCAGUAAAUGUAUUCACAGUUAUUGGCUGGAAUUAACAUUGCAGUGAGAAUAGCUGGAUUGUAAAGAGAAAAUGGUUUGUGGUCAAUUAGGACACAGGCUGGAUUUCCUCCAUUUGCGUUGCUAAUCUGUUCCUGAAAAACCACCGCGCUUCAAAAACCUACUUCAAUUAGUGGCAAUUACAAACAUUAUGUGUUUCCAGUCCAAUAUUAUGAGAAUAAUAGUAGCAAUAAUAAAAGUGACAGAAUUAAAACAAAGAUCAAUGAAAUGUAGGAAGACAGAACAUGCUGUGACAAUGAGUCGGACAAUGAUUAUGUGCAGAGACACGAAAGCGGGGGGCUCGUCACGCAUGUCGCAUGCAGACACGAAAGCGGGGGGCUCGUCACGCUUGUCGCAUGCAGACACUAAAGCGGGGGGCUCGUCACGCAUGUCGCAUACAGACACGAAGCAUGGCAGCAACCAACACAUGGUUUGCUUUUCAAAUUUGCCAUGUCAUACUUAGGCUUUUUAGUAUAGUUUAUGAUUAGAAAAUGUUUUGAUGAGGAAAUCCAUUGAUAAAUAUCUGGUAUCAGACACAUUAUGGUGAAGCAGCGCGCUGGGACUCGGUCCGGUUCUGUGCUCAUGUGAACAUCAGUGCAUGGCGCAUCUGGCUGGAUAGACUUCAUAGCGAUGCUUUGGUGCAGAACGUCGGUGUCCGCCGGACAGCAGCAUCUCAGAUUAAUGGGGGAAGUUUUCAUGAUUCUCUCCAACUUCUAUAGAAAACCACUGUGUGGUAACUGGAAGGUUCUUCACAGAUCAGAGGGGCCAGUAAGGAAGAGGAGGUUCCCUUAAGACGGGCCAACUGCCCAUGCGUCCACUGCUGCAGUCGGCCGGGGAGCGUCACCACAGCCCGGGGGACGUGCCUGCACAGCAACAGGGUGUCUGAAUCACUCGGCGGCGAGUGCGGCACAACCUCGACGACAGUCCCUUCAGUAGUAUGGAGGAUUGAAGGUCGGAAGCCAUGUUGCAGGUCCUGGAGUGGGGGCUGGAUUCCCACCUCUCAUCCCACACCAACAGCUCACUCGUAUGAUAUGUUGGAUUGUUCUCUACUCUCUGUGAGGAAGAUGAACAGGCAUCGCCGUAGGGAUGUCGUCGUCACACAUCUUGGGCUAACGAGAGCCCAGCACCGUUGGGUUGGAAGUGGAAGGUCCGGGUCCGGCUGGGCUGUCACUCAAGAUAAGCCAUAAAGGCGGUAUCACCAAAGCCGUCUAAAUGCGGCUGAAGUUUAUUAUCGUGCCACGGUCACCUGGACACCGGACGCCAGGUUGAAUUCGAUAAAAAAAGGAAAAAGAAAUCGAGGAGGAGAAAGUUUCCAGGACGAUCGGCGGCGUCGGCACAGCCCCUGCCAUCACGCCUGCUCCGGCCACACGCACCCGGCGCGCCGUAUCGCUUCCAGCCCAGGAGCCCGCUGGCGGUGUCGGGGGUGCGGGCGCUGCGUGGGACUUAGCCCUUCUCCGUAACACUCCUCGGCGCGCUUUAACCCGGCAGAUACUUUUGCUUUUCCUAAAUUUACCCGACCGCAGAAACGACAAUAAGGUUCGCAAAAGAAAACAGAGGAGAAGUUUUGUAAGAAAACGGGAAAGAGAGGCUUGGCCGCCGAGGGAGGGAGGCGCUUUCAGAUCUUUCCUGAAGCCUUUGAAGACUUUUUGUUGCUGAGGAAGACGGACGCCGCGGAGAAGCGGGACGCAUGCGAAUCGGAUUUACGCGGCCGAGACAUGCUUCGCUGCCCAGGAGGAACGCCGGGGAGGACGGCUGCUGCCCGGCCCAGCGCCCUUCUGGACCGGACCGGACUGCCCGCGGAGAGGGAUGGGAAGAACCGGUGCAGGGAGGUGCUCCUACAGAAAGCCCCCAGUGUCUACUCAGCAGCGCCCUCUCAUCACCUGAGGAAUAUUAAGGUCUCCCUCUGGAUGCUGCUGUGCCUACUGGUACUGUCUGAGGCGGGCCUUCCCAGUGCGGCCCGCCGGGCCGACCCUAGUCCCGCCCUGGUGGAGCAGUGGCCUGACCACGUCACAGAGAGUGAGAAGCAGACGGUGGAGCCGAAUGCACACAUCUCCUGGGGGGGCCUCUUCGUGAACCCAACCCAGUCGGAACCAGAUGACCGACACGGCCGCUGGCAGCGUUCCCCAUCCAAGACUGGUUCACGCCGGAGCUCGCGGAAGAACCGGAGAAAACCCAAAGGCGACAAGCACUGCAGGAUGGAGCGGAAGGAGAUGCGAGUGCGGGACCUGGGCCUGGGCUUUGACUCCGACGAGAUCAUCCUGUUUAAAUACUGUGCAGGCACCUGCCGCAGCUCGCGCAUGAACUACGAUCUGGCCCUCAAGAAGCUGGUAGACAAUGGGACUAUCCCCAAGCAGGAGUCCAAGAAGGUGAGCCUACACCCGUGCUGCCGGCCCACGAGCUACGAGCCUGUGGUCUUCAUGGACGCCCAGACCACCUGGCGGACCAUUGAGUACCUGUCUGCAGCCAACUGCAGCUGCGUGCGGUGAGGGCGGUGGGAGGCUCACCCGGGCGGAAGGAGUACCAGGGAUCGAGCUGUGCUGGAUGCUCAAGCAGGAGACGCUGGGCCCAAUGAGGGAUCUGAGGCCUGCAGGGUUCCCUCCUCAGCCCUCAGAUGAGGAACAGCUCAGCAUGGAAGGUUAAGUUCUCUCUGUCUCCAGCGCCUGCGGAGAACGAGGACAGGGGUCCCCCGAGGGCCCCACAGAGACAGGCAUCCAAGUCUGCAGGGUGGGGACACUGCACCCUGUUCCAUAGCAGCACAGUCUCGUGAGCGGGGGCCACACUAUGACCAUGACCAUGACCAUGACCAGGACCAUGACCAUGACCACGACUGGAAAUUUAAGGACUGGUUUCACAGUCAGAUGGAGCUCCAGGGUCUGUUUCAGUGUUGGCUUGUAUCUCUUAACUUUGCAUCGCCUGAACGUCCGCAGAGUAAGGGAGGGACAAUGCAGGGAAAAGGCACGACGUUGAGGCAGGCUUGAUUAAUCCCAAAUGUUAAUUACUGAAUUACCGAUGGACUGUAAGAUACCAACACCACGAGCAGGCUGGUGGGCGAUUAGGCAGUCAUAACCGCGAGGUACGUCUCCCAGCUGGGAGCUUGUCGAAUAAACAUGGAUCUGUGUGUCAAGCAGUGGCCCAGUUCACAGCCAAAAGGACUUAUGUCACAUGACUGGUGUUUUGUGGGAUGGACCAAUCAGAUCUUAGGCAGAUUUACUUCAUCAGGGUUGCUCAGUAGGAACCUUUACCCUGCCUUGAUGCCGUGAUGUUUACCAUGACAGUGGAGGGUGAGCAUCUUCUCCUCCAAACACCGACCGCCAGAGAGCAUGCUGGUCGAUGGGAUGAGAUGUUCAUGGGCUGAUUGGGUUGUGAGGGGGAUACAGACAGAUGAUUGGUGUUCUCCGAUCACAUGGGCUUUUUUCUCAUCUACUUAAAUUUAUGCAUCACUGUUCAGGGACGCAGUGAAAUGUUCUCCUGUUCGCCUUACUGUCCCGGGAAAACGGCAGGGCCUAAUCUUGCCUACACGCUCACCCCCCACCAGCCCACCCUGUUGUGUCUUUCUGGGCUGUAGCUUGAUGUCACCAUAUCUACAGGAGAUUGUCCCCCACAUACAGUGGUGGCUUUGGCUGGGGGCACGGUCUGUCUGGACCGGGGGUCACUGGAGGAGCAGCCAAGUCUGCCUGUCAGCCCUUGAGAAAAAAAAAAUGGUAUUCGGUCAGUAGACCUGGCUCCCUGCUCAGGGCACCUGAAGUGAACGUCUCCCGUGGGCACUCAGGAUUUGUGGUUCCUGCUUCAUGGUACUCCAUGUCCUCUAUGCUGCUAAGCUCCAUGGUCGGGCUUUACGUCGCCAUGCCACCUGUGGGAGGCUUAUAUAGGGCUAAUAAGCCCUGAUCCAAGCGCACCUGACCAUAAAAAAAACACAUACCUUGAAAGGAAAAAAAGUUAACUCAGAAAUAACUGCAGAUGGUAAUGAGUGUUUUAUAAACCCUUUAUGGAAGGUACCUUCGUGGAAAGUGACAGUGUGGGGUGAUGGCGGCUAUGGAAAGUGACAGUGCGGGGUGAUGGCGGCUAUGGAAAGUGACAGUGCGGGGUGAUGGCGGCUAUGGAAAGUGACAGUGCGGGGUGAUGGCGGCUAUGGAAAGUGACAGUGCGGGGUGAUGGCGGCUAUGGAAAGUGACAGUGCGGGGUGAUGGCGGCUGGUUUCCUUCACAUUCACUUUCCAGGACUGUUGGUCACACCUCAGCUUAGCAUUUGGAUUAUUGCGCUUCCUGUAAAUGCUGUGAAGCCCCCUCUGCUUUGGUGCUCUGUUGGGUGGCAGGUCUCUGUCCUGUCCAGUGAACACGGGAAGGUCGUGGAAUGCACACGUCUGCUUCCCGCAUGUGUCCUCCUCCACGUGAUUCAUUGUGUCAGAAACACAGAUCCUAUUACCCGGGAGUGUUCCGGGGGCACAAAACGCUGUGACUCGCAGCUUGGGAGCAUUUCCCAUAAACCCAGGAUCCCCCCCGACCCACUGCAGGGACCAACCUCCACUGGAAACAUCAUUAUGCUACAACGUGCCUGCACCCGUCUCACUGCUCAUGUGCGAGUGUGGCAGGAACGUGGCGAGAACGUGGUGAGAAUGUGGUGGAGAUGUGGUGAGAAUGUGGUGGAGAUGUGGUGAGAAUGUGGCGAGAACGUGGUGAGUGUCUAAGCUUGUCCUUGGUCUUUAAGCACAACUGAAUUCCAUGGAUAGAUGCUAUGCAUCUUCUUGCAUAUUUGUUCUACAAACAGCAUAUUUAUUUCAUUUAAGUUAUUUAUUUAUUACAGUUUUGUAUGAGAUUUUUCACAUAUACCAACCAUAUUUUUAUUUAUUAUUAAGUGGCCAUGUAUCUUUCGGUUAAUCCCUUUUUUUUUUUAUAAAUGCCAGUUUUAUAAGGAAAACACAGAGCCUCUGAUGAUACACUGAUGGCAUUAAGGUAAAGAAGGAAAGGACAGAGAGGGCCAGGAGGUCGCUGGCGGGAAUGCCGCUGGCGGGAAUGCCGCUGGCGGGAAUGCCGCUGGCGGGAAUGCCGCUGCAGGCUUCAGGGCUGCCGCCGUGGGUGGGAGGGCCGCUGUGGGCUGCGUUCCCCCUACAGGGGGCGCUCUCCAUGCCUUCCUGAUGACAGGGAGGUGAUCUAUCACAACUGAAACCACACAUUUGUUUUUUAUUCAGUAUUUCAACACAAGUGCAAAAUGAACUUUGUUACUCAGUAAAGGAUUUAUUAUUAUCAUUAUGGUCGUUAUUUUAAUUGAUGUUAUGAUUAUCUACGUCUCUAAAAAGUCCCUUCUAUUUUUGUACAAUGGCGUUUCCUCUGUUGGAAUAAAGUUUUGAAUAAAGA